UUGGGGCGGCUGGAGGGAACCGGGUCGCGGUGCCACCAUGGCGGUGCGACAGGCGCUGGGCCGCGGCCUGCAGCUGGGUCGGGCGCUGCUGCUGCGCUUCACCGCCAAGCCUGGCUCGGCCUACGUCUGGGGGCGGCCCGAGCGGCCGGGCCCCGCGGCGGGCUGGGGCCGCGGAGAACGCCCCGGCCAGGCCGCGGGACCCGGCGCGCAGCGGCGCCGUCUCGGGCUCGGGCUCCCCGACCGCUACCGCUUCUUCCGCCAGUCGGUGGCCGGGCUGGCGGCGCGACUCCAGCGGCAGUUCGCGGUGCGGGCCCGGGGCGGCGCGGGCCCUUGCGGCCGGGCCGUCUUUCUGGCCUUCGGACUGGGCCUGGGCGUCAUCGAGGAGAAGCAAGCGGAGGGUCGGCGGGCGGCGUCAGCCUGUCAGGAGAUCCAGGCAAUUUUUGCCCAGAAAAACAAGCUGCUGCCUGACCCUUUGGACACCAGACGCCGACAGGGCUUCCAGCUGGAGGAGUAUCUGAUAGGGCAGUUCAUUGGCAAGGGCUGCAGUGCUGCUGUGUAUGAAGCCACCAUGCCUGUGUUGCCCCAGAGCCUGGAGGUGGUGAAGAGCAUCAGGCCUCUUCCAGGCAGAGGCCCGGGUGUCGUUCCACGAGAAGAGGAGCCAGCUUCCCAGGCCCCUGCCUUUCCCUUAGCCAUCAAAAUGAUGUGGAAUAUCUCGGCAGGCUCCUCCAGUGAAGCCAUCUGUAGGACGAUGAGCCAGGAGCUAGUCCCAGCUAGUCGAGUGGCCUUGGGCGGGGAGUACGGAGCAGUCACUUACAGAAGAUCCAAGGGAGGUCCCAAGCAACUGGCCCCUCACCCCAACAUCAUCCGGGUGUUUCGUGCCUUCACCUCUCCUGUACCGCUGCUGCCAGGGGCCCUGGUCAACUACCCUGAUGUGCUGCCCCCACAUCUUCACCCCGAAGGCCUGGGCCACGGGCGGACGCUCUUCCUCGUUAUGAAGAACUACCCCUGUACACUGCGCCAGUACCUUCGUGAGAACACCCCAAGCCCCCGCCUCGCCACCGUGAUGAUCUUGCAGCUGCUGGAGGCGGUGGAUCAUCUGGUUCAACAGGGCGUCGCGCACAGAGACUUAAAAUCUGACAACAUUCUGGUGGAGUUGGAUGCAGAUGGCUGCCCCUGGCUGGUGAUCACAGACUUCGGUUGCUGCCUGGCUGAUGAGCGCACCGGCCUGCAGCUGCCUUUCACCAGCUGGUACGUGGAUCGGGGCGGAAACGGCUGCCUGAUGGCUCCAGAGGUGUCCACCGCCUGCCCUGGCCCCAAGGCGGUGAUCGACUACAGCAAGGCGGAUGCCUGGGCCGUCGGUGCGCUCGCCUACGAAAUCUUCGGGCUCCCCAAUCCCUUCUAUGGCCAGGGUGGGGCCCACCUCGAAAGCCGCAGUUACCAGGAGGCUCAGCUGCCGGCACUGCCCAAGUCGGUGCCUCUAGAUGCAAGACAGCUGGUGAGGUCACUGCUCCAGCGAGAGGCCAGCAAGAGACCAUCUGCCCGGGUAGCUGCUAACGUACUUCAUUUAAGCCUCUGGGGUGAACAUACUCUAGCCCUGAAAAAUCUAAAACUAGACAAGAUGAUUGGCUGGCUCCUUCAGCAGUCAGCGGCCACUCUGCUGGCUGAUAGGCUUACAGAGAAGAGCUGUGUGGAAACCAAGAUGAAGAUGUUAUUUCUGGCCAACCUGGAGUACGAAGCGCUGUGCCAGGCAGCCCUGCUCCUCUUCUCCUGGAGAGCAGCCCCAUGAGGGCUCUGCUGUCGCUGGCGUAUCACUAAAAGAACUUCACAACA